UCCUCUCAGGCUUAUGGAGCCGAUCGCCGUCUUUACUUCGUAGUCUGUGCCUAGACUAUUACAUCUAGUGAGCUAUGGUGUUAUGAACCACUGCGUGUAGUUAAGGAAAAUUAUAUUGGCAUUUUCAUUUCGACUCAUUUUUAUGAGUCAUUGGUUGGGAGGGCUGUAUCAUAAGAAAAUACAUAACGUUUCCUUUUCUUUGAAAUUUGGAUAUGCCAGUUCCUCGAGUCCCUGGAUUUAAUCUUGUUACCAAAAUUGGUAGUGGUACUUUUUCUGAAGUUUACAAAGCAUACCGAUUUGUGAAAAGCAGCAAACAAGUUGUCGCUGUCAAGUGUAUAGUGAAGAAUGAGCUAUCAGCAAGUACGGUGGAUAAUAUUAUACAUGAGAUUGAAGCUUUGAAACUUUUAAGACAUCCUCACAUCAUUCAAAUGAUAGAUUUCAGCUGGGAUAGCAAUUUCAUCUACAUAAUCAUGGAAUACUGUGAAGGUGGGGACCUUUCUGUUUUUGUUAGAAGUCAUAAACAGUUACAAGAGAAGAUAUGCAAAUCCUUUCUAUGCCAGCUAGCGUCUGCCCUGCAAUACCUGCGGCAGCAUAACAUUGUCCACAUGGAUCUUAAACCCAGUAAUUUGUUAUUAACAUCUCGAAGAAAUCCUGUUUUAAAAUUGGCUGAUUUUGGUUUGGCGCAGUCGCUUAAAAACAGACAAAAGGAAACAUCGUUUAGGGGAUCUCCGUUAUAUAUGGCCCCAGAGAUUCUCCGACGAGAAAGUUAUGAUGCUUCUGUAGAUCUAUGGUCAACUGGUGUAAUUCUGUAUGAAUGUUUAUUUGGUAAACCUCCAUGCUCGUCCAGCAGCUUGAAAGAACUAGUGGAAGACAUUCAAAGCAAAGCUACCAUAAUUUAUGUUUUGUUUUGUUUUCCGUGUGUGUUGCAGAUACCAACUACCAAAGACAUCUCAGCAGACUGCAAGGACCUCUUAGAACGUUUAUUGCAAAAGGAUCCAAAUAAACGAAUGACAUUUGAUGAAUUUUUUAAUCACCCCUUUGUCAGGAUAUCCGUUGCAUCAUCCAACGUAGCCGAACCAGAGGCCAAGUUAGUUUUUGAGCGAGCACGAAAUUUGGACAAGUUGAACCGAAGAAGCGAAGCUGUCAUUCUCUACCGUCAAGCUCAAACACUUCUAAAUCGUUUGAUUCCAGCAGUUGAUAUUGCUAUGGUAAGGGAAAGCCAAAUUAGAGAAAAGCUUGAGGUGUGUUCACGCCGAAUUCAAGACAUCGAAAGCGCAGAAAAUGUCCUGAAACAGAAUACUCUUUCCGCUGAAGCGCCGCUUUCUCGCGAUUUGCCUACAAAAAUGUCCCCAACAUUCCAAGAACUUCAUUCCCUUUCGUCCACUACUCCAGAUUUAUUAUCGUCACUUGAAAUUGGAUUGGAAGGAGUGCAAUACGAUGGCGAGGGGCAGCACGCGGUUGCAUUAGAGCGCUACAAAGCGGCGCUGGAGAAAUUGAUUCCUCUACUUCGCAGCGAAUCAAAGGGGCUUAGGAGAGAAUUGCUUCGUCUUCAGAUCACUUUGUGGAUGGAAAGAGCAGAACAACUGCAGAUAUUCCAUGAUCUUCAUCAGUCAAACUUGGAAGAGCUUCAGAGCGGAGAUGCAAGUGGAUAUUGUAGUUUACAAUAGAAAAUCGACAUCAGGUGACUGGAGGAGUAUUUUUUGAAACUUGCGCUGUGAUUGCUAAAACAGUUUCUCUGCCAUUGGAAUACACGAAAAUAGAAAGUA